AAUAAACACAAAGCGUGUGACGAAGAAGUCAGGCGCAGGAUGUUGCGUUCCAGCUGAGUGUCUGCAGAUUGCUGAACAUGAAUAAAUCUAUGAACAGUCCGUGGAAAUCACCCGUGUAGCUUUUGUCACAGCUUAAAUGACAAACAGCCCACUUGUCCCUCCUAUUCACGGACACCACUGACACCAGGCUGGCCUUCGCUCGGGUAAGAAAGCUUUGACACAGUCGUUAAUUAGGCUGAGAUGUUUACAGUUGAGCGGCGCUAACGCUUUAACCAGCUUAUGUUAGCAUGCUAGGCUAACAGCAGCGACCACAAACACAUCCAAAUCUCAUCCAAAGCUCACCCGAUAUUGGAUAUAGGAAAAUAUAGGAAAUAUGAAGCUAAAAGCUGUCCUAUUAAAGAUUUUGGUUGAAGAGUAAAUGUGCUAUUAUGUUGUUGAUGUUGUUAGGUUCAGGUCUGAGAGAUUAACACGGCGUUACAGCGGCUCCUGGAGCUGAGACGGUUUAUAUUUAUUUAAUAAUAAUACACAACAGGGGGACUGAACUAAUAAACAUUAAAUCUUCAACUCUAUGAUGAUGUGCUACCUUUAAGAGAUAUGAUGUUUAAGGUGGCAAGAAACAUGACUUUGACUCGUUUGACUGUAAUGUAGCAGCUUGUUUGUAUUUCUUAUCCUACUGUUUUUUUAAAGCAGUCCUUUGACCUUUCAGCCAGUGUUUUCUGUGAGAGUGUUGUUCUUAAUAACCUUCUACUAAGCACCAAUUACAAAAGCUUCUAGAGUAUGAAAGGAUGAUAUCUGUAGUGCACAAAACUCACACCUAAUCCAGUUCAGUUUACAAUCUCUCAGUUUAUUGACCUGAAUGGUCCAAGUAGAAGUCCUUUUCAAGAUACUGAAGCUUGAUCUAUCUAUCUAUUUAUUAGGGCCCGACUGAUGUGUAUUUUUUGGGGCCGAUACCGAUUAUUAGAGGAGGAAAAAAAUCUGAUUACCGAUUAAUCGGACGAUUUUAAAAUUUAUAAGUUAUGAGUUAUGAAAAAAAUACAUAUAUACAGUAUAUAUAUCUACAGUAGGCAUGUGCCGAUAUGAAUUUUUUUUUUUUUUAAUUUUACACGAUAUUGGUGGCUCAAAAUAUCACGAUUCACAAUAUUAUCACAAUAUUAGCGCAUUGCUUUAAACGUUAUUAAAAAUGGCAAAAAAACAGGGAAAUCACUUCUCUGUGCACAGCAUGACACACACAAACAAUAUGAGCAAGAGGCAGCUAACGCGCCGUUGGGAGCAUUAGCUUUUUGAAGCUAAAGAUAGCAGUAAGGUCACUAAUGUAAAAUGAAAACUGGUUGCAGUCAUGUUGUUUUUACCUUGAUUUUGGCAAACGAUGCUGGAUGGUGUUCACGGAGGUUGGCACGUAGGUUUGAAGUGUUAGACAACGGCGCUGCAACUUCCUUACGGUAUAACCUGCAGAUUGGUGUCAGGUUUACCUGCUCCUUCUGUUUUAUGAAGCCGUAAAACGUCCAUACUGCUGACGAAACCUUUUUAAUAGGCGGACACAGAUGAGGUGUUACGUCAUUCUCAGUCUCCGACUGUUCUUUGUCCGGCUGCAUCGUUACGUUGGUUAGAAAUUGGAACAUGUGCGUCAACUUUAUUUUUCUUCUUCAAACUGUUUCCGGUUAACAGAGUGGACACGCUCCAACAACGCAUUGUGGGUGGCCACGCAUUUUGUUUUAAAAUUUCUUCAUUUUCUCUUUUAAUGUUCCCGUUUUUGUUAGGCUGGCAUGAUUAAUGUACUUAAUUCGAGAGUUUGUUUCGGGAUUUGGGACUACUUUUGUGGUGGUUUGUUUGUACAUUUUGUUACUGAGGCUUUGACACCGUGGGUAAAACUACAAGUGGGUUAGGUUGGUAAUUACUCGGCUUUGCUCGUCGUCGCUGAGUGAUGCGGCCACUCGUCUUUAAAUUAUUAUUGUGGAACAAUUAUUACAAGACCUUACGAUUUCAUCAUCACGGCCGUUUAAUAACGCAUAUCGUGAUUAAAUCAUAUAUCGGCACAUCCCUAAUCUACAAUAUACUAUAUACUGUAGGCUACUGCUCUUCACGCCGACAGGAAGACCGACUGAUCAAACUUGGACCAGAAAAGUGUUUUCAACCUCCCUCCCCCAUGCCGAUCGGUGCCUCCGCGUCUGAACUCACCUUACACAUUUCCGGUCCGGUCUCAUCUGGAGACAUGCAGCUGCCUCAGUAACAGAAGUAGCUUGAUCAUGUAAUGUGUACUGUUGUUUAUUCUACCGUUACUGGCAUGGCUAACAGUGUAGCAAGGCAAAUUUUUUUUUAGAACCCGUAUCCUGUCAAUACAAGCGUUCACAUCGGCGACGUUUUCCCGUCCUACGAUAUUGCGGCAUUUUUUUUCAGAUCAUGGUCGAUGUUUCUAAAGUUUCGCACAUUGUGUGUCCACUUCUGACCAAUCAGAAUGCGUGUUGUUGCGAGGUCUAAUUCACCGAUAUAUUCAACAUGGCUGACCGGCUGAUUGUUUACGUGUCGGACAAGACACAAAUAUUACAAAGAUAAUGACCUGAAGGACAACUUGUGGAGAGUCAUAGCGUCGGAUCUCUCAUAUCACGACGGUUUGUGUGCUUUAACAGUUUGCUAAACUUCUUUGUUUUAACUUUCAUCUGUGUUAACGUAAUCUAACGGUUGUUACCAUAGUUUCAUGUACUUAUCUUAUCGCCUCUGAUUGGCUCUAAGUGCUGACCGUUUGGCUUGAGCGGGUGAUGACGUUUCCAGCUUUUCUAGCCAAUCAGAGGUGAAAGAGGCGGGACUUUCCCCUGGAACAGUCUUCCCCGGGAUGCAUCUUUUUCCCCCUGGAAAGUGGCAAUAUUGCAUCGGGCUUGAUGUGUAUAGUCAGGUGCAUCAAAAUUCGCCUCCAAAUAUUUUUUAAUUUCGAGUUCUAUAUUCGCGUCGGCCCCGGUGUGUAAGGACCUUAACUCUAACUUAAACUGGCAUAUUACAUGUUGCUUCAUGUUGUUAACUCGGCGUGACCGAGACCAGCACAGCGGGAAACAUCGUGAAGUGGGUUGAACUGAAACUUGUUGAUUUACUGUGUAUUUCACAAACUGGUUUAUUUACCGUUGAGGCGGACCACUCUCCUCUGUGCGUCCCUGAGCUGCCUGCUUCAGAUCCGUCACUCUGCUGUGCUGUGAGGUAGUUUAGUGGAUGACGAUUGUCAUGAGGUUGCUGCGCCAUCUACAGGAUAAGUCGAGGAACUUUUCAAAUGGUGGAACAUUUUCGAAGUGAAACUGAAUCUUAUUCUCUGCAUUAUAUUUCAGAAAAUCGCAGAUAAAUCGGCCACUUUUAUUCUGCUUAAGUCCGACUUAAUCAAACUGUACUUUCACAGCAGUAGAAUAUUUUGUCUUACAUUCUUACAUUCCUGAUGAUAGAAUAUUAUCAAACCUUUAUUAAUCUAGACUCUUUAUAGGGCAACACAAUAUAUGGGAAAAGUGGUGUUUUCUUUCUUUGAUGUUUACUACGGAGUGAAAAAUAGCAACAACAACAAAAAAAAAACCUAACCACAUUCAUGUUGGGGUACAGCCAUAUCAAAUUCAAGAUCAACAAUCAUUUUCUGUAUUUGCUUUAUGUGACUUUAAGACAACAUAGUAAGACUUGUCGUUUUUACCACACUUAGUUCAGCCCUUCAUGUGCAAAUCUGACGCUGGACCUGCAGGGUUUGGGAGAAAGGAUUUGUGACAGCAUUAUUCAGUAUAGUAUUAUUAUUAUUAUAUUUUUUAUAAUCACUGAAUUUAAAAAAGAAAAGUUCUUAUCAUAUCUUUUGGAAUGAAUGUGGAAAAUAAACAAUAAAAAAAGUACAUAUACACUGAAAUAACUCACUGCUCUUAUUGUCUAUCAGCUGUUCUUCAUGUUUUACACACAAGCUGUCCCCAUAUCCAGGGUACAGCCUAAAAUAGGGCUGGGCGAUAAACAGCAAAUUUACCGAUACCAAAAUUUAUGACAAUAACUGACGUCAUUUUGCCCAUGUCAAGAAACAUUUGAAGCUUUUGAAGUUUCUGUCCUACGUCAGAAACGUGACUCCACCCCAUCCAGUCCGUAACAAAGAGGUAAAGACAGGUGAGGAGAUGGAGGAUGGUUCAAAAGUUGUUGAAGUGGUAGCUGAAAUUGACAAAGUUAAUGUGGGAGGGGGUGAGCAGCUUGUGGAGUAGUUAUCAUCCAUUUAUCAUUAUCAAGGUGAACUGCUCAAUGUAUCGUGAUAUUGAUUUGAGGCCAUAUCCCCCAGCCCUAGCCUAAAGCUUUGUUGUCAUUUCUAAAUUGUCAAGCAAAGGCUUGACUUUGACCUCGAUCCUUUAAUUUCUGUUCUACACUCUGACCCACUUUACCAGAAUGUCUGUGAAAAACCCUCUUUGUACUAUUAGUUACAGAAGAGCCUUUGUUAAAUAGUCUAAGAAGAGAACGCAGCUCUGUAGUGAAGCAGCUCAGACAUUCACAACACUUAGAAAUGAAACUUCAAAUGUUGCCUCAGUGACAUUAGUCUGUUUAGGGCAGUGGUUCUCAAGUCCAGUCCUCGAGGCCCACUGUCCUGCAUGUUUUGGAUGUUUCCCUGCUUCAACACAACUGAUUCAAAUGAUCAGCUCGUUAUCAAGCUCUGUAAUGGCUUAAUAACGAGCUGAUCAUUUGAAUCAGGACAUGCAGGACAGUGGGCCUUGAGGACUGGACUUGAGAACCACUGGUUUAGGGUAAAGUGAGGAGAAAUGGGAAUAUGAAGCAGUGUCUAGAGGUGAGGGUCUAGAUCAGGGGUGUGAUCAUGUGCCUCCACCAGGCUCCACCAGGUGAUUUCACUGAUUACCUUACCUCCAAGCAGAGAGCAGGGACUAAUCAGUGAAAUCACCUGGUGGAGUUUUGGGUUGGAAAGAAAACCUGCAGCCUCUCGGCCCUCCAUGGCACAUGAUUGCACACCCCUGGUCUAGAUUGAAAUGCUCCCUCACCCAACCCUCUCAGUGGUGGCGCUAUAAUGGCUCGAAGGCCACAAGCUUUAACUGCCAGUUAAACACAAAAAAGAAAUAGAAAGUGUACAGGUAUCUCAAGCCGCAAAACAAUAAUGGUCCUGUGAGAUUUUAGACUGGGAUAAACUGCAGAGGCUCAUUUAAGCUGACAGACUUCUGUGAGGAACUUAGAAAAAAAAACAGGAGUGGAGUUCAAACUUUGCUUAAAGUCAGGUGUGGUGUUAGUCUACAUCAUCUUUGCACGGAGAGGGAAGCAUGCACCACUCAUUAAAAAGUUCCCAGUGAAUACUGAGUAGGAUCUUAUCUAGGGCUAGGGGAUAUGGCCUCAAAUCAAUAUCACGAUAUAUUGAGCAGUUCACCUUGAUAACCAUAAAUGGAUGAUAACUACUCCACAAGCUGCUCACCCCCUCCCACAUUAACUUUGUCUACUUCAGCCACUACAACUUUUGAACCGUCCUCCAUCUCCUCAUCUGUCUUUGCCUAUUUGUUACGGACUGGAUGGGGUGCAUCUUAAAGGGACAUGAGAGCAUAGUCUACCUACACACAUCCAAAAACAACGUUUAUUUAUUUAUUUUUUUGACGCCCAAUAUAUUGACAUGGGCAAAAUGACGUUGGUUUUUGUCGUAAAUGUCAGCAAAUUUUCUGUUUAUCACCCAGCCCUCAUCACGAUGUAAUCGCAAACGCAAUUAAUCGUUCAGCCCUAUUCUCAGUUCAAUACAAGAGUUUUAGGUUCACCUGUGCAACCGAUCAAAUCAAAUACUGUGGCGCCCUGAGCCCUGUUACUGCAUGUUGACGGAUAAUGACCCAGUUCUUUGUUUUUCAGCUUCAUCUGACCUCCUGAAGUGUCUCCCUUCUCCCACUCAUCAUGGGGGACUACUACCAGGUGUUAGGUGUACGAAGAGACGUGUCUGCGGAUGAAAUCAAAAAAGCGUAAGUUGUUAAUAUUUUAUAACUUUACAGAGAUCAUGCAGGGUGAGUUUAGGAGUCCAUACAUCGAGUAACGAGUUAAGCAAAAAUAUAAAAGACAGUCUUCAUAUCAGUCUCACUUGAAGAAUUCCUGGUUAACUGGGAUGGAAGCAGCUUCUGGAGUUUCAUCUGACCUCCUCAAGUGACAUGACACCAGGUAGACUGUCACAGAGACACAGACUCUGCCCUACACCAUAGAUUGUGUCAGAAAGGGUCAAUCUCAUCUCCAUUUGAAUUCAUCAUCGUUAUCAUGUUUCUCCUAUCAGUGUUUAAUUAUAAUCUAGUUUUUUUUCAGCAUAAUUCAGAGCAAAAGCCUUUGCUUGAUUACAUCUAUAUAUCUAAUGUUGAUGUUCGAUUUUUGUCUUUUACUACUUGCUUGUAUAUUUCAUCAUAUUUUACUUCCAACGUUUAUUUAUGCAUCACUAAACCAAGUAAAUACAGAGAAAAGCCUGGGAAAUGUAGUUUGUCUUUCUUCUCUCCUCACGCAGGUACAGAAAGCUAGCCCUGAGGUGGCAUCCUGAUAAAAACCCUGAAAACAAGGAGGAGGCUGAGAGGAAAUUCAAGGAGCUGUCAGAAGCCUAUGAAGUCCUGUCAGAUGGUUUGUAUCACCGAUCUCUGAGAAUCCGCAGAAAUACCAAACCACAGUGAAAUGUUGCACAGAUGGAUAUGUAGAUACUGUAUCAGUAGAGGAGGUCCAAUUGAACACCUGAGGGAAGAAAACUUUGUAAGAUAGUACAAAACCCAAUUCCAUUGAAGUUGGGAAAUUGAGAUAAAGGUAAAUAAAAGCAGAAUACAAUGAUUUGCAAAUCCUUUUCAACCUAUAUUCAAUUGAAUACACAACAAAGACAAGAUAUUAAAUGUUCAAACUCAUAAGCAAAUAAUCAUUAACUCAGAAUUUGAUGGCUGCAACACGUGACAAAGAAGUUUGGAAAAGUGGCAAAAAAUACUGAGAAAUUUGAAGAAUGCUCAUCAAACACCUAUUCGGAACAUCCCAAAUCGCCUCAUACUUCUCGGCCACCUUAAGAAAGGGCCUCAACAGUGGAAAUAUCAGUGAUUUUAUAUAAAUAUAUGUACAUGCAGGGUUAGGUCCUCUUGUUGUCACCUGAAGACACAUGUUUACUUUCCUUUACUCUUUGUUCAUCAGCUAACAAGAGGAGCAUAUAUGAUCACUACGGUAAAGAGGGACUGACAGGGAACAGUGGAGGAAGAGGUGAGUACUCCAUGCAUUUUUUUCUUUCUUUUUUUUGAUUGUUAAAGUUAAAAGUAAAUCAUCAGAAGUUCAGGCUGUCCACAGGAGCGAACCAACAGACCAGGAGUGAACAGGUUGCGGUGAAGAGUGCACCUUGUUUUGAACACUCUUCAGAUCCGUCUUUGUUAACGUGUCGUUACAGGAGGACAUUUCCACAACGGAGACCAUUUCCAUGAACCGUUCACAUUCCGUAACCCAGAAGACGUCUUCCGAGAGUUCUUCGGUGGACGAGACCCCUUUGCAGAUUUCUUCGGUAGGUUGUAAAAGUUCUUGCUGCUUGAAGAAUCUUUAACCACGGUGCAGAGUUGACAGGACUGGCCUGAAGCCUCAUCUUUCUUGUCUUCAGUUCAGGUUUUUUCAUGUACUCUCAUGCACUAAGGAUUUGUCGUCAUCUGCCCGGUUUUCUCAGGUACAGAUCCAUUUAGUGAUGAUCCUUUUUUCAGCGGUGCACGGCGGCAACAAAAUAGGUCCAGUCGCAACCGGACGGGUGGUUCUUUUUACGGGGGCUUCGUAGGUUUCCCUCCCUUCGGUGCUGGCUUCUCUCCUUUUGACCCUGGUGAGCCAUGCUUUUGAGAAAACACUUAAAUGAACUCUUUUGCAUUUGAUUGUGCACAGAGCCAAAGCUGGCGUGAUCUGAAAAGUCUCAUUGUUUUUCCUGCAAACACCCUUUAAUCCUCUCAGUUUGUUCUGCGGCAUGUCUGGCAGAGCUGCUCAGUAAAUGGUCUGAUUUCAGAAUUGUUGACUUAAUUCACGCGGCUCUGAAAAAUCAACCACAGCUGAAAUAUCACACAGUAUCAAACAGCUCCCCCUUGUUGAAAUGAGACUCUUUCUGUGCUGCUCUUUCAGGCUUCGGUUCCUUUGGCUCCAUGAGCACCAUGGGUCACAUGGGUCACAUGACAACUAUGGGCAGCCUCGGAGGUGGAGGAUUCACCUCUUUUUCCUCCACCUCAUUUGGGGGAGGAAGUGGAGGGGGAGGGAUGGGCAACUUCCGCUCUGUGUCAACUUCCACCAAGAUCAUCAACGGCAGGAAGAUCACUACCAAAAGGUAACCAACAGCACAGACUGAGGAGGUUUCUGUUGUAGACCAUGAAGACUGUUUGAAAGAGAAAACAUCCCAGCACAGAAACAAACAAUGCAACAAUGAAAACAACUCACUCAUCCAGUGAGCACUUCGGUUGAGAUCUCCAUUCCCUCUUUGCUUUACAUGCAGAUAAACAGAUUUUCAGUGAUUAACAGCUGAAGGAGAAAGUGUCACAAAGCAGGGAUGUGCAGGUGGAUCAAAGAUGUUAUAAAGACUAUAUUUGAUCGUGAAUCAAAGAAAGUUGAUAGACCUAAAGAUAUUGAGGUGUAACUUGAACUCCACCCCUGGGACUCCUGGACGGAGCAAACAAUAUCUAAUUAGGGAAUCAGGAAAUAUUUAUUAUUAUUAUUAUUAUGAUUAAAGGUUUUUCAACUUAAAAACACUAGGCGGGCUCAAAACCUCAUGAAAUUUGACAGGCGGGUCGGGCCAGGCUCAAAUUCCCGUAUAUUCAGGUGUGCCCUCCAACACACCUGAUUCAAAUGAUCAGCUCGUUAUCAAGCUCUGUAAUAGCUUGCAUGUUUUGGAUGUUUCCCUGCUCCAUCACACCUGAUUCAAAUGAUCAGCUCGUUAUCAAGCUCUGUAAGAGCUUGAUAACGAGCUGAUCAUUUGAAUUCAUCCAGGGAAUCAGGGAAACAUCCAAAACAUGUAGGACAGUGGGCCUCGAGGACUGGACUUGAGAACCACUGUGUUAAGGUCAAAGGGCGUGGCCAUAGCAUCCUUUCAAACUCUGACAGUAAAUGACCUAUGACACUCAAAGGCAGUCACAAGUACCAGCCAUCAUAGAGGUUAGGGCUGCUGUGGAGGUCAGUGCACUGGGGAGGUGGUUUACAGAGGUAGCAGCCCGACACUGCUGGUGUUAUCUUUAUUAUCACAGAGGGGCAAUUUGCUUCACAGCGAGCUCACAAUUCUCACAAAAGUUCGGACACAUGGAAAAACAAAGGCAUACGGAAUACUGGCACUGGCAUCAGAGUAAAUAAACAUCAUAUACAAAUUUUACUUAGAACUGCUUAAAAGGCUCAUGGCAAUCAGGAUAAAAGAAUUUUAAAAUCUGUUUGUUUUACACGGUGAAAGAACUUAUCUGUGUUUAGAAGGAAGCAGCAUGAACUCCUUAAAGAGUGACAAUUUCCAUGAACAAAUGAACAUGGAGAUGAAUAAAUAUCAAUGCCACAGCUGAAACUAUCACACAGUAUCAAACAGGUUCUCCCUCCUUGUUGAAAUGAGACUUUCUGUGCUGCUUUGUGAUGGCUGAGAGUUCAAACUUUGGCUCCAUGAGCACUAAUGGGUCACAUGGGUCAACAUUAACCACAUGGACUGCUCGCGUCCUCCUCACCGGGACUGUCGCUGAAUUCCAGCUCAGUCUCGCUCAGCAGUACUGGCACCGGCGGCACAACAACACGCCGGGAAAUUGUUUCUUUGAUUGUCUGCUGACGAUGUGAAGGUCAUGGAUCUCCACUGGAUCCACAGACGGUAGCACCACGCCAACAGGAGCCGAUGUGCCAAGACUUUUUGCUCUUGGCUAAUGACUCACAGAGAAAAAUCACUCCACAACUAGGCUAAUUGGCACACUUGAUGGCACACUUAUAAUUGGCGAGUACUUGUUUUUUGUUAUUGUAACAUGGUUUUAAUGUAUUUGUCGGCUUUUCUGCGUUUAGAACUACCCCAAACCUAGUUGCAUGUUGGGGAGGAGCGCCCUCUGGUGAAAAACAAAAAAAAAAAAAAAGAAAAAUCCGUCGAUAUCUGUCAAUGGCACUCAGGGCAAAAAAAAAUCUCUCCAAAUCCGUCAUUGGCACUGAAUGAGUUAACAUAAAGCACACUGCAAUAUAAAGGAGGUGAUUUAUUUUCAGUCAUAAGAGCAUCCCAUCUAUUGACCAAUUUUAUGACUUGUUUUGUUGUUAUUAAUUAAAGCCAUGAAAGACUUGACUUGGACUUGCAGAAGGUCCUUAUGUGAAAGUCUUUUUUCCAUUAAGGUCCUUACACACCUGGGGCGACACAAAUGUAUGAUGCGGAAUUACGAAAUAGUCAAAAUAAUCAAAUACAAAAUAAUCAGCUGUCUGUCAUGAUAGCAUGUACUGAGUCGGGGCCAGUACCAGAUAAGCACAUUAAACAUAAUCCAUAAACGUAAGGUAACAACCAACACCUAAUGGUGCUGUGACAGCAACGUGAUUGAGGGAAAAUACAUAUGGUAUGUUGUACCUGAACAGGUUAGCUUACGAGCUAAAGUUACUUAGCACAGAUGAAAGUUAAAACAAAGAAGUUUAGCAAACUGUUAAAGCACACAAACCAUUGUCAUAUGAGAAAUCCGACACUAUGACUCUCCACAAGUUGUCCUUCAGGUCGUUAUCUUUGUAACAUUUGUGUCUUUUAUCAAAAAGCACUCUGUUCUCCGACACGUAAACAAUUAGCUGGUUGGCCAUGUUGGAUAUACUGGUGAAUCAGACGUCGCAAUAACACGCAAUCUGAUUGGUCAGAAAUGGACACACAGUAUAAGAAACUUUAGAAAAAUCGACCGUGAUCCAAAAAAAUAAAUGCCGCAAUAUCGCAGGACGGGAAAACGUUGCUGAUGUGAACGCUCGAAAAAAAUACCGACGUCUGAAAUAAUCACACGAAAAAAAACGGUCCCGGUGUGAAAGGAGCUUAAGUCUCAGAAGACACAGUUCUGUUCAAACAGAAGGUUUAUGUACGUGCCCCAGAUGGCCCUGGAGAGUGGUCAUGAUGAUCUGAUCUCAGGGCGUUGAUGAAGAUGGUAUAUAUGAGGCAGAGGUCUAACAUCUGACUGAAUUUGAUGUUCAGGGUUCAUCAGACCACUGAGAAGCGAUAGCAAGUAUUUAGCCUUUCCCCAGCUGUGUCAGCAAUCCCUGUGGAUCAGGAUGUCUGUUCAGUAGACGUCCUGAAACAUGAAUCCAAACAUCAUUCAAAAAGAAGAUCCCUCGGGCAGAAAGUGUCUGAGUGGCUUAGAGAAGCCGCUGCUGCAUUGAAUGAAAGCAUAAAUCAACUGGGUGUGUAUUUCUUCUUUUCCUACCAGAAUCAUUGAGAAUGGUCAGGAGCGGGUGGAGGUGGAGGAAGAUGGGCAGCUGCGGUCAUUAACCAUUAACGGUAAGGAGCAGCUGCUGCGACUGAAACACAAGUGAGGACGGAAACAUCCUCAUCUGGAGAAGUGUUACCUCAGCACAAACACACCAACAAACUUGAGCUGGAAACAGAAGGAAAAAAGCAACACAAUGUAAUAAUAGUACUCUCCUGUUGUUUGGAUGUAAAUACUUAGAUUGUGUUCAUUUCCCCUCAUGUGUUGUCUCCACCCUUUCUUUGAUUCAAAGGAGAAUUUGGAUGCAGACAUUCCUAUGCAUUCAUUAAUGUAUUUUUGAGUUGAGCUUUCCUUAAAUUUUGGCUCAGGUUGGUGUUCUUGUUUUUUAAAUGUUUGGGACCACAGUAUUGUUCUGAUGUGUAUGAAUUCCCUACCCCCUUGCGGUACUUUCUGUAUGCUCUCUACUUCUCUGUGUCAGAAGUUAUGGCAUGACUUUGCUUUUUCAUCUGUACAUGAAAAAAUGAGUAGGAUUUACUGAAGCCCUCCCUCCUCUCUGUUGGCUGCUUGUCUAACUUCCUCUUAGCCAUGAUUCUUUUGUAUUGAAAACAAAAAAAAAACUACAACUGUAGGAUGAGUUAUGCAAUUUUAUAUGUUUUAAGUUCAAUGUGUUUACUGUUUAUUUAAUAAUGCAUGUACACCUGUAGAUGUUGAGUCUUAAUGUUACAGCUGCAUCAUGAUGCACAAAUAAUGGAGGGCAUUCUAUAAAUGAUAUAUGAAUAUGGAAGGAAUUUUGUGUACUUUGUAAACCAAUAAAUAUGAACUUUCAUCCUGAUUCAAGGAUUCUGACAUUCUG